GACACCAGGCCUGGACAUCACAGACAACAGAAGGUCAAGAGGUCUCUGGGAAACAAAAGGUCUAAGCAGUUUGAGGUGGUGGAAACUACUGUCCUAGGACUGAACAGUAACUAUGAUGAGACAGUCAGCAACAUUUCUUCUGCCUCGCCGAAAAGUCGAGUGAACGGAAGUGCAGAGUCCAGAAGCAAGCGGACCAUUCGUAGGCCUGCUUACUGGUUGGCAAUGAGAGGAAUAAAAAACAGCAUUAACAAAUCUUCAGAAAAAAAAGCAGAAGUACUAUUGAAAGGCAAGAGGAAAUCUGAGCAAGGGGAAGGCGAAGAUCUUAAAGACUCUCCCAAGAAGAAGCAGAAGAUUUUGGGAAAAAAACAGCAAGCUGGAACACAACAAAACUCCAAAACAAAAGGCCACUGUGUUCAGAAAGAACCAGAAACCUAUGGCACAGGUAGUAUGGAAGAGCGAUGGUCUUUGGAAAUUCAGGACAAAGGCCGAGUUACCUGUCCAACAUGCCGGGCUGUGGUGAGAAAGACUGUAGAAGGACUGAAGAAACAUAUGGUAAAUUGCAGGCAGGAAAUGUUCACGUGUCAUCACUGUGGGAAGCAGCUGAAGUCUUUAGGAGGGAUGAAAUACCACGUCAUGGCAGACCAUAACAAUCAG